AUGGCCACAAUCGUAGAAUUUAUCACUCGAAAAUACAAAAUUGGAGACCAUGGAAGUCUCAAUGUGAAGGCACUGCAAGGAUUACAGAAUGAAUACCUAAUUGCAGAAAUCAGGAAAAAACCUCUGCAUUCAAUCCUCUUUAAUUGUUUGGAAGAUACUAAUGUCGAUGUUACGGAGUUCUCCGCGUGGUUAACAUAUGGAAACAUCUUUCCGAGAUCAGAAGCAUCCUUCUGUUUACUACAAGACCGCAAUUUCCUCUUUGGAGCAGGAGAAACGAAUUGCAAACAUUGCAACUCUGCGAAAAAAACUGUUGACCAUCUAGCUACCAGGUGUGGGCGAAUGCUAAACAGCGAUUACUUACGACGGUAUGGAAUAAAAAAAUCAAAAAGAUUGAAGACCCAUUCAGUCCAGUCUAUAGUUGCAAAUGAAGCAGUUGAGAUCAGAGUCGAUGCUACUAUAAGUACUGACACACACGUUCAUAACAACAAGCCCGACAUUUUCGUGUGGGAUAAAAUUAAGAAUACGAUUACACUAAUCGAAAUUGGAAUAACUUCGCAGCAAAUUCUUAAAAAAGUCGAAGUCGAAAAAUCCCACAAGUAUGAUCUCUUAGCAAGUGAAUUGGCUUUAAUCCACAAAGCAAAAGUGAAUAUAGUACCCAUAGUAUUAACGUGGGAUGCCAUUGUCAGUAAAUACUACAAACAAUACCAGAAUGGUCUGAAAAUUGAGUACCCUGUAAGAGCAUACAUCCAAACUAUUAUCAUGAAGAAGACUCUUGAAAGUAUGUGCAUCGAUUAUAAAAUGGAAUGA